AUGGCUGAAGCAGGAUCGACGACUCCUAAUUACGAGGACUGGUCGAAAGAUCAGCUUGUCCAGCGCCUCAAAGAUCUUGAGGAGCAGCUCAAACGUCAACAACAAUCACAUGAGACACAGCCCGCCGCCAAACAAUCCCAACACCCUCAAUACCAGCAGCAACAAGCCGCCGCCCCCCCAAAAAAGAAGCAAAAGAAGAACCGCAAGCUCGACCCUUCUAAGUACUCCACACGUGUGAUUGCCCUCAAGCUGGCCUACCUGGGCAAGAACUACGGCGGCUUCGAGUACCAAGGCAGCGCCAAUGUGCCGACGAUCGAGGAAGAGCUCUGGAAGGCCCUGUGCAGAGCAUGCCUGAUUUGGCCAGAGAACCCCGACAAGGUUGACUUCACGCCAUGGGAAUACUCAAAGUGUGGGCGCACGGACAAGGGUGUCAGCGCCUUUGGGCAGGUUAUUACGAUUAAGGUUAGGAGUAAUAGGCCAGUUUCGAAGAAAGAAGAGGAGGUUAAGGAGGAUGUUGAGAUGACGGAUGUGCCUGCGGAAGGAGAGCAGACGAAGGGGAAGAAAAAAGGGGACGACAAGAAACAAAAGGUCAUCAAGUCCGAAUGGGACCCCAUCGCCGACGAGAUCAACUACCCGCGUGUCCUGAACCGUCUCCUGCCCCCCGACAUUCGCAUCCUUGCCUGGGCACCGACCCUCCCGCCGAACUUCUCUGCGCGCUACUCCUGCUACGAGCGCCAAUACCGUUACUUCUUCACCAACCCGGCCUUCUCCCCACUCCCGCCCUCUCUCGACCCCGGCCUUGCCAGCAGCGACGGCAAUGACCCCAACAAACCGCGCGAAGGUUGGCUCGACAUCGACGCGAUGCGUAUGGCAGCCAAACUCUUCGAAGGCGUCCACGACUUCCGCAAUUUCUGCAAGGUCGACGGCGCCAAACAGAUCAGCAACUUCACGCGGCGCGUCUUUGAAGCUGACAUCGUCGAGGUUGACGACGCCACAUCUUCCUUGCCCUUCUUGACCCAACGUCCUGACCUUCUCCCAUCAGGAUUUGACCGUUCUGACCGUUACCCCAAGGUCUACUACUUCCACGUCCGCGGCUCCGCUUUCCUCUGGCACCAAAUCCGGCACAUGGUCUCCGUACUGUUCGCCAUCGGCCAGGGCCUAGAAAAGCCCUCUCUCGUCACAGAACUGCUCGAUGCAGACUCGCACCCGCGCAGACCGAACUAUGCCAUGGCGGAUGAGGUGCCCCUCGUGUUGUGGGAUUGCAUCUUCCCCAAGCUAGAUGAGGAUAUGUCGCGCAAGAUGGCCAAUGUGCAUGACCCUUCCGCACAAGGGUAUGACAAGCCUGUGCAAGAUGGGAUUGACUGGGUGUGGGUUGGCGAAGACGGCCCGGGGAGCUUGCACGGCGCGGGCGGGUUGGUGGAUCAACUGUGGGAGACUUGGAGAGAAAGGAAGAUGGAUGAAUUGUUGGCAGGGAGAUUGCUAGAUGCAGUGGCGAAGAGGCCGAAUUUGGAGAGGAAGCUGAUUGGAGGGGAGUUGGGACCGAGACCGGGGCAGAGGGUGUUUGAGGGGGGCAAUACGGGACGGCCGUCGGGGAGCUAUGUGCCGGUGUUGAAGAGGCCGUUGUUGGCUUCGCCGGAGGAGAUUAAUGAUAAGUGGGCGCAAAGUAAAGGGUUUAAGAAUUCGGCGGAGCUGGCGCAGACGAAGAAUUGGCGGGCGGCGAUUAAGGCUAGGAAGACAGGCGAUAACAGUGCGAUGGAUAGCGGCGAGGAGUAA